UCGUCGAUCGUAACUUGUUCUUCUACUACUUCUAUUACUUGUUCAAGUGCACUACGCUGCGCAUAAUUUCCGACAGUGACGCGCUAAUUCGACACCAUACUUCACACGAUACUUCACACGCUUCGACCACAUUUGCGUGUCAUUCAAGUCUGAGGGAUGUUAUGGGAUAGAAGGGACUGAAGGAGGACCCUUCAACGCCGCGAUGGCUUCACAAGACAAUGCCGCACCUCCAUCCAAUAUCGACGACGCUGAACCGCAUGGCGCACAGUCUGAGGCUGGCGAUGGAGGAAGCAUCUUGUCUUCCAGAAUGACGGAUAUAGCCUCAGAUGACGGAGGGGAACAAGUGGCAGACUCAACGACGCGGUCCACCGCCAGAGCACCAGCUCAGAGACGCAGUAUACAAACCAAUGCCUCGCGACCAAAUACUGGAGUUACAGGAGUGUCAUCACAUCGAGGCGCAUGGGCUCAGGCCCCUCCUUCAAGAAGAGGACAUGCAGCCCAAAAUUCUGCAAGUCGAGUGAGCGCAUUCGGCAGUGUGUCUGGUUCGACUGGCAGGCCACAGAGCUCCACAAGUCGAACGCAUGUCCCUUCCCUUACAUCCCAUGCCUUCUUUCGUCCGAUGAGCUCCCAACGGCUACAGGCACAGCGUGGAGGAUCUCGACCGCCAACCGUGGGGCAAAAGGGCAUGAACGAGGAUAGUUCGGCGGAGGGUGGCAGCAGUAUCAGACAAAGCGUUAACUCAACCCAAACUAUGAGGCAGGCAGGGAGCCCUGAUCCAGACGGACAGCCUCCACCAUCACGAGGUACUGAGAUGACAGAGCAGGAGACCAUUGAAAGAGUCACUGCCAAUACGAGCCCGACUCAAGGCCACCAUGCUACUGGUAGUCUCUCCGAGAGUGUACGGCCCUUACAAAAAACUCCUGGAAACUCGAAGGGUCUCAGUUUGAACAUUGACAAAAGUUAUAAGAAUGGAGGCGGUCUUCCAACUCCAUCGAAGUCUCCGCGAUCCUUUCGUUCAAGCUUCUUACUUCCUACUCGAGGUGAUAUUGCUCCGAACAGCCCAAACCGAAGUACACAGGGACGGGAAAAGUUAUCUUCUGUUGCAUCUUCGCCUGGAUUGACACCCGUCGAGCCUUCGAAAAGAAUUCCAAAACCAAAGCUGGGAAACAAUUACGAGUACUUUACUGGAAACACAAUCUUCUUUUGGGGAGGUCGAUUACAGAAUACACGGGAUAGGCCGGUCAACAUCGCGACUGGCAUGCUCGUCGUUAUUCCAGCAGCUCUUUUCUUUAUCUUUUCAGCGCCAUGGAUAUGGCACAACAUUUCUCCAGCAAUACCCAUUACGUUUGCCUAUGUAUUUUAUAUUUGCAUGUCCUCCUUCGUCCAUGCUACUGUAACUGAUCCAGGGAUUCUACCACGCAAUCUCCACCAAAUGCCACCUCCCGACGAAAAUGAAGAUCCUCUUCGUCUGGCACCUCCGAUGAACGACUGGACGAUGAUCAAAUCCGCACAGUCCAAGACUGCCGCUAUGGAAGUACCUACAAAGUACUGCAAGACUUGCAACAUCUGGCGCCCACCCCGAGGUCAUCAUUGUCGAAUAUGCGACAACUGCAUUGAAACUCAAGACCACCAUUGUGUCUGGCUCAACAAUUGCAUUGGAAGACGCAAUUACCGCUACUUUUUCACAUUUGUCUCUUUCACUACCAUUCUUGGACUUUACCUCCUCGGCGCAAGUCUGGCCCAAAUCCUCGUCUAUAGGAGUCAGCAAGACAUUUCUUUUGGCGCAGCAAUCAACCACUUCCGAGUUCCAUUCGCAAUGGUCAUCUACGGACUCCUUGGCUUCCCGUACCCUGCCGCACUCAUGGGUUACCAUCUUUUUCUCAUGGGCCGUGGCGAAACAACGAGAGAAUAUCUCAACUCUCAUAAAUUCCUUAAAAAGGAUCGACAUCGACCAUUCACGCAAGGCAGUAUCAUCAAGAAUUGGGCCGUUGUUCUUUGGAGACCUCGACCACCAACCUACUACAGGUUCAAGGCAAAGUAUGAAGAAGGUGAUCAAAGGUUUGGCGAGAGAAAAGGAAAGCGCACCGCUCCUCUUACCAAAGAGGCACAAGGUGGUGGCUUGAACAUGGAAAUGCAAGCUGUUCCUUUGGAGCGUGACUUCCAGGGGCCUUCCGCUUUGAGAGGAUCAACACCUGCGAAUUGAUGCUUCGACACUGCCAGCGUUCUUUGAUUUAUUUGUGUAUUUGUGUGUGUGCAUUUUAGCGACUGCUUGUUCUAUGAUUAUAGGUAUAAAAAAAAGACGUGUUGGCUGCAAGCCCUUUGGAUAGCGUACAAUAAUUAUACUGUGUGGGGGGUAACUUAAUGUGUGUUUAUGCUUAUUGGAAGUAAUGAGGCUGGGUGGCAUCAGUCUUACUUCUUUGUAUCAUAAAAUGGAUU